UCAAGAGUCCUUAAAUAUUGAAAAACUGGUCAUUUGGUCAUUUUACCUUCAGCCAAAAACAUUUCACUACGAACGAGUUAGUUGAAGAAACCACAAUGAAGAACCGGAACAUUUGGAGAAACAUUUUUAAUGGCAAAAUGCCACCACCUGCAUCGACAUCAGGUGAAGCUACAAGUCGCUUUGCAGAUGACAAGACCAAACCUGAGAGCUCUGAGGUGCGAAACAACAACAUACUGUGCAGCAGCACAAGUCGCUACCUCAUUCAGGAGGUCAUUGGAGAGGGCACCUUUGGCAAAGUUACCAAAGCUGUGAAUUUAAUCACAUCAAAGGAUGUUGCCCUCAAGAUUCUCAAAACUGAGGAUACCACCAAAAGAGAGAUCAAAAUGCUCAAUGUGGUGAGCAUUCUUGACCCAGUCAAGAAAAGUGUGGUGCAGUUCCUUGAGACGUUUGACCACGAAGGACAAACCUGUCUCGUUUUUGAAAAACUGGACAAGAGUCUUUUCGCCCUUCUUUCAGAACGACAGGGGAUGCCACUCUCUCUCAGUGAGAUCCGUCCGAUAACACACCAGUUGUUGACAGCCUUCGACGCCCUGAAGGGGAUUGGUGUUAUCCAUUCAGACCUGAAGCCAGAUAACAUCAUGUUGGCAAAUCAUCUGUGUGAGCCCUUCAGGGUAAAAUUAAUUGAUUUUGGGGUGUCCUUCCAAACCUCAGAAGACACACGGGGGAUGACAAUUCAGCCUCUGGGUUACAGAGCACCAGAAGUCAUCCUGGGUCUCCCCAUCUCCGAGGCCAUUGACAUGUGGGGUCUUGGCUGUGUGCUUGCGUUUUUGUACCUCGGGAGACACCUUUUUGCAGACUCUGAGUACCAGUCAAUGAAAGGAAUUGUCGACAUGCUCGGCCAACCCGCUGACCACCUCCUCAGUGCUGGGUACUACACCCAGAAAUUCUUUAAGAAGAAUCAGCACUGGGACAAGCCAAUAUGGUGGAUGAAGACUCCAAUUGAAUACCAGCUUGGCACCGGCAUUGAGCCCAAAAGAUGGCUGAGCCCUUUGAGAUACCUGGAUGACUUGAUAAUGCACUACCCAGAUAUGGAGGAAGCUGAACUGGAGGAUCAACGAGCUUUCGUCAGCCUCCUGAAUUGCCUCCUCCACACAAACUCUGAGGAGAGGAUCACUCCAGGGAAGGCUCUCACCCACCCCUUUGUGACUAUGGUCCAUCUGGGAGAUGAAACAGACACCAACUCAUAUAUCGAGGAGUCAUUUGAGAAUAUGACCAUGUUACCAGUGGACCACCUGGAUGAGGAGCUCUGUCCUGACGGCGAGGCUAAGGAACAGCCGAAAGUUGGAGAGCCUUCAGUGAAACCUCCAUCAGUGGCUCCAUCCUGUGUCAGUCUCGUCUCUGUGAAGAUAGUGCUUCACUCGGCUGAUGGAGAAGAGGCUGCUGCCGUGAUAGACACUACUGUCUCAGAUGUAGAUGCAGCCAGUCCAGCUGAGGAGUCACCAGAUGAGGAUCCACCUGCCAAAGUUAAGAAGAGCAGGAUGAGGAGAAUCUUUAAUUUGUUUGGCAGGAAAAUCAGGACCUUGUUUGAACUCAAGAAAGGAGAAUAAGGAAAUCCCCACCUAUUCUCCAUCCUACCUCCACCCCCACCCCUCUCUUUCUCUCUUUAAUCUAGACCUGCUCUAGAUUAAAAAUACCCAAACAUAACUUCUCUCAUGAUUUGGGUUUCUAAGGUGACAUUUUCAAAUUGUUUUGUUUCACCAAUAAAUAAUAUUUAAAAAAAGACAAAUGUUCACAUAGUUGCCUAUUAACUUGAUGUUGAUUGACUGAUCGUUAACAGUA